AUGUCUGUCUUUGCGUCUUUAGAAAUACAAAUAAUAUCAAUAAAUGUCAUAAGUUUGAUAGGCAGCAUUUGGAGCUGGUUCAAGUGGGAUCAGCAGCUAGAAAAGAUUUCAAACUUUUCAGUUUCCGAUAAUUUAGACGUAAAAGAUAUCGAUUGGCUUAAAACGGUUCUAUCGUGGAUCGUCCUGAUUCGGUUUAUCAUCAACCGCAUCUCGCUUCUUGCAUACAUAGUUAACAUUUGCACGGUAGCGACACGAAGAUGGCAAAACUUGCUUAUAUUUUGGAUGGUGCUCAGUCUUCUAAGAGACGUUGUUUUGGAAAUCAUCAUCAUUAUCAUUGCCUUCUUACAAUGGCAUAAGGGAAGCGUUUCGACGUGGCUCUUCGUCGGGUUUAUCACAGAAAAAAUAUUUUGGCUGGCUAUUUCGAUUUGCAAAUGGCGGACAGUUCUCAAGUGGUACAUGCGACUGCGAAGAGAGAUGAAAAUUCGCAUGUUCGCGAAAAUUGCGCGGAGAAGCAUCGCGAAUCUCGUUAAUAUUCCCGGAAGAAUCGGUCAUUCUCUAGACGACGAAUGUCUCGAUAUAGCGACGAUCAGACGGAACAAGUACGCGAAUCUACUUAAGCUUUCGGAGAAAUCUUCUAACAAGAUCAACUUUGGUUUACGAAUUUCCAAAUCGUUGACGACCUUGGUUACCAACGAUGACAGUCACGAUUCGAACAAUACGAACGGUUUUAAUGCUAAUGACUUGAGCGUGGCAGAAAAAUCGAUGAGGCUGCUGGGUAUAACUGCGGAGGAUGUGAUGGACGCGUGUGCCAGGAUACAGGAGCGAUCCUACUGGAGUGCACAAGACGAAAUAACGAAGACUCCCGAAGCGAUGGAAGAAGCAGGUGCAAUACAAAUUUCCUUGGAAAGAGAUGAAGAAGAAACGGAUGAUGUCUCAAGAAAAGAAAAGAAAGAAAAAGAAGAAAAUAUGAAGAAACCUGUAGAUCGUAUCUUGGAAAAGAAAGACGUUGCGAGAGAUUCUCAGAUAGAAAAGGACGAAAGAAAAGAUGAGAGAGAAGUUAAUGAUAUUUCAAGGAGUAAACAGACGACAAUAGACAUAGAAAAAGCUGUGGAUUAUAACUUGAUGGAGGAAGUCAUUAUACGAAGUUUUCAGAUAGAAAGAGAAAGAGAGGAAGAAGAUAACAAGAUCGAUAAGAAAGAACAGACUUUGAUUGAGAAAGAGCAAAAUGGUUCAUUGACAAAAAGUGGAGAUAUUACAUCCGACAGCCUAGAUAAUCGCGUGAAAUCAACGGAGUCUCAUAAGCUUCAAGAAGACGUAUCAUCAAGAAGGAGAAAAAAGGAAGAAGAAGCGGAGAGGCCUGCAAAAAUUUGUCCUUUGUCUUCUGUCCAGUGCAAAAAUGCGAGAAAUAUGGAGGUCAAGCCAUGCUCUUCUCUCGUGAGGAAACUAGAGACGAAACUUCGCCCUAUUUCUACAAAUCAGAAGGAAAAGUGGUUCGACCAACUCGAGCGAAGAAACUCUUAUCGAAUGAAAUUAACGCCAAACGGUUCUGAUAAGAAGGAACAUAAGAACUCGAGGACGUCAUUGUGCGCAUGCCAUCGUGCUUUGAAGAGAAAUACCGAGAAGAGGAAGCCUGAUCGAUCAACUGACAUCAAUGAUGUAAAACACGAUAGGAAAGAAUUUAGGCAUUUUAUGUCUAUCAUCAAUGCUCAGAAAGACAAGAUGAACGGAUGCGGGUCUCCGUUCAAAUAUUCAGAGGCGUACCGUUUAAAGAAACAGAAGGCUGAGGGAUCUUCCACGAAGCAGACGGUUGCCUGGGGAAGUAUGUCCUUGGCCCAAACUGCACGACCCUCGGGAUAUGCGAGGGAUGUCGUCGCGACUAAUAAAUCGCCCGGGAUUUGUCAAAGGAACGUUCAGAGCGAAGCUUGUGCCGAAUCGAUCGACUCACGUUCCAACUACAACACGUCCUUGACGGAAAAGAAUUAUGCGAGAUCGGAGAAACGCGAGACGAAAUGUCCGGAAGCUAGUGAUCUUACGUUACUGGCAAAUAAGAGAGGGGUAAAAGCGAGAAGAAGACAAGAUUUGUCGCCGAAUCGCAAACUAUCGAGCGAAGAACGCGAGGCUGUAGAGUUGAGGGCUUUGAGAGCCUUUAAUGAACUUACUCUGUUGGAGGAUAAGAAAAAAUUGGAAGCGAAAAGGAAUCGCGACUCACUGAAUUAUGAACAACCGACGAAGGGAUCUGAAGUGGAUACAAUAAUAAGAGGAUAUGAUUUCUCGAGUCGCAAACGACCGAUGGAAGACUCGAGCUCUUUAAAAGUCUCCAAGUAUACAUCGGAAGAGCUAAAAGCUGAAGAAAAAUCUGAUUCAUCAAAGGACGAAACGUCAAAGGAAAAUGUUGAAGGUUCAAGGAGCGUUUCUGAUCAUCCUUCGGAAGGUAAUCGCGAGGAAAUUGGGAUCCUCUCGUCCGAGACUCAACGUGGAAACGCAAACAGCAGCCUUCAGUUAAACGAACGUUACACGGGACAAGCGUAUACUUCGCUGAAUCUCAGGGAGAUCACUAGGAAUAUCGAGUGGACCGUCCAUCCUCGGGGAAUUGUUCUGACCAACAAGAACUUGCACCGUCAAUUCUCGGAGAACGAAAGACACGAGAGCCAGCAGCGCGAUAUCGUCGACGACAAUGUCGCCAGCACGUUGCACAGCGCAUUCUUCUUCAAGCCUGAGAUCGUAACGAGGGUCUUUCGACGAGCUCAAACGAGAAUCGGUGAGUCUCUCCCAAGCUUCCCGACCUUCUGGCACGAGAACAGCAACACGGAAUUCGUCUGCCAGGUGAACAAUGAGAUGGCCAUGCAAGGGAAUCGGGAUUCGUCAUUCUUUGACCUUGAUCUCGAACGAAUAACGGAUCGGACCAACCUUGGGAACCCGUCUUUUCUCGAUGCCAACAACAAUCGUGUUGUCGGAGAGGAAAAUCGCGACCUGUGCAUAAUAUUUAUCGAUCAGGAGCAGGCAUCCCACGAAUCGGAGACCACGAUCAUAGAGGAUUCGGCUGUCAGACCCCAGGAAGAGAACGCGCGCUCGAGCGUGGAGAAUAUUGAAGCGACAAAUAUCCUCUUGAUGUGCAUAUUGAGAGACUUUGGCCUGGAAGUGUCAGAGGAAAGUGUACAUGAUAUUAUCGAGAAUACGGAGGAAUAUGGAGAUAUAAGUAAUGUCAUCGCUAAUUUUCAACCUUCGAAUGAGACAAGUCCUGAGGAAGAAGGAGAUAAUAAUAGAGAUAGUACAAUCUCGUCACAUCAACAGACUUUGAUUCCGAAUGACAGUUGCCUGGAUGAUGGCGUCACGUCGCCUGUCAACCUGCUGCAACGUGAUAAUCCUUACAAUUUGCCAGAUAAAAGACACACAAGUGAGAUCGAUAUUUCUUCUGAAAAGAGAACACAUGAGAAUAAUUUCUUUCUUAAAGACGUUAACAAUAAUGCAGAGUCGCAAGCAUCUAAUAAUAGUAAUAAUAAUAAUCAAUUCGACAUGUUUGUCAAUAAAAGCGAGAAGAGUGUAUUUAAUCAGAUUCUUGAAAAUGCCUCGCAAUUAUCUUCUUCUGGCUCGCCAUCAUUUAUUAAAGAAGAUAAUUUCAAUCAAUCAAUGCUAAACUCAAUCAACAAAGAAGAACUGCAAAGAUUGACGCAACUUUCGGCCAGCGAAGCUACGUUAAAAAACCAAGGAACAGAAUCAAUAAUGAACUUGGAAACCACAAAUCGCGAUAUGAUAUCGCAAUUUGAGGCUGUCGAAACCUUAGAUUCAUUAGAAAUGUUACAGAACGACGUAAAAAACGAAGACGAAAAUAGGGAUAUUUACGAAAAGGCAAAUAUAUUUUCGACUCAUCGAUUUUCCGGGAUAAAUCAAAAUGAAAGGUUGCAACAAGAUGACAGCUUUUAUUCCAUGUACGAGAGAAAUCACGAUGGUACAAAGACACCGAUCUCAUUCGGAGAUGGCAGUUUGAUGGAAGAGUUUUCAAACAGCACUAUACCGUCCUCAAAUGCUUCUGCUAGAAACUUUCAAUAA